AUGAGCAACAAAUAUUCAAAGGAAAAUGAUAAUGCUGAUGCUUUAGAGCAUUAUUCAAGAAGCUAAGUAAAAGUAUUUAAUGGAAUCGUUUUUAGGAGUUCAAAAUGAAUUAUAGAACAGAAGAAGCAUUAUUAGAAGUUAAUAAUGCUUUAAAUCUUAAUCCUAAAUUUGCAGAAGCCUACACUUUAAGAAGUUAAAUUCUUUAAAUAUCAAUUUAGGUGAAUUAUACGAAAAAAUGAAAUUAUAUGAUUAGGCAUUGGAAGAUGUAAAUUAUAGCAUAUCCAUAAACAAUAAUAAUGCUGAAAGUUAUUAUUAAAGAGGUAUAAAUUGAAUUUUUGAAUUUAAGCAACAAUUUAUUGGAGAAAAUAAUUAUUUGAUAAAGCAUUGGAAGAUUGCUAGACCUGUUUGGAGAUUAAUACAACUUUUUCGAUGGCCUAUAAUAGAAUUGGUAGUAAUAAUAUAUAUAAAUUAUAAGGUACUAUUUUUGAUGAUAUGAAUGAACGGCAUUAAGCACUCUACUAUUAUAAUCAAGCUAUUGAAAUAGAUGGGAAUUGUUAUUAAGCAUUUAUGAGUAGAGGUAACAAAAAUUUAUAUUAUAAGGGCUUUAUUAUAUGGAUGAAAGAAAAACUGAGCACGCUCUAAGAGAUUUCAAUUAAGCUAUUGAAUUAAAUCCAAAAUAUUGCUUGUCCUUUAUUAACAGAGGUAAAUUAAAUAUACUUAAAAUUUCAGGCAAAUUAUAUGAUUAAAUUGAUGAUAAACCCAAAGCAUUAAAUGACUGUAAUCAAGCAAUCCAACUUGAUCCAAAUAAUGCAUAAGGCUAUUUUUAUAGAGGUGACUACUAUUAAUCUUAAUAUAUUAGGCAAUUGUUAUUUUAGUCUUGGUGAGUUAGAGAAAGCACUAAAUGACUAUAAUCAAGCAAUCUAUCUUGAUCCAAAUUAUGCCUGUGCCUAUUCUAAUAGGGGUGACUACUAUUAAACUUACUGUAUUAGGCAAUGUAUACGGCUAUAUUGGUGAGUAAGAGAAAGCAUUAAAUGACUUUAAUCAAGCAAUCUAUCUUGAUCCAAAUGAUGCAAUAACCUUUUAUAAUCGAGGUGACUACUAUUACACUUAAUAUGCUAGGUCUCCUAUAUGAAAAACUUGGUGAUAAAUCCAAAGCAUUAAAUGACUAUAAUCAAUCAAUAUAAUUUGAUCCAAAUGAUGCAAAAACCUAUUAUAAAAGAGGUAACUACCAUUAAUCUUAAUGUAUUAGGCAAUUUAUAUUAUAAUAUUGGUGAGUAAGAGAAAUCAUUAAAAGACUAUAAUCAAUCAAUCUAGCUUGAUCCAAAUUAUCCAUAUGUCUAUUCUGAUAGAGGUAACUACCAUUAAUCUUAAUGUAUUAGGCAAUUUAUAUUAUAAUAUUGGUGAUAAAUCCAAAGCAUUAAAAGACCUUAAUCAAGCUAUACAACUUAAUCCAAAUUUUGCAUAAGCCUAUUAUUAUAGAGGCAACUACUAUUAAUCUUAAUAUUUUAGGCAAUUUAUAUUAUAAUAUUGGUGA